AUGCUCAAAAGAAAUGUCCUUGGGUGCAAAAUCAGCAGUGUUGAUUUGCCAAUCGAUCGUCUACUCUGGCCAGCAAUGAAAAUAGCAGAUGACCCCGAGAUUACAGCAAGUUCAAUUAAGAGCAAGUUGUUGAACAGUAUUAUCGUAUCAGUUGGUAGACAUGGCAAGUAUUUUUGGAUGCGGUUGAAGCAGCCAAAGAUGGAACACACCCAAGUGUUAUUAAUGCACCUUGGAAUGACUGGUCGGAUCAAACUAUGCAAUGUCGAAUCUGAACUUGUCUUUAUGGAAAAUGGUGGCGAUAAAAAAUUACUCGAAGAAGAGCUAGCCAAAGAGAAAGACAAGAAUGUGGUCACUAGUUCGAGAGUUAAAAUGGCCAUGGAAGUGGGACAGAAACAAGGAGUACAGAGAGGGAAUACGGAAGUUAAGAUCGAGCUGGAAGGAGAAACAUCUUCUUGGCCGCCCAAGUUUACAAAGCUUGAGAUGACUUUGCGGCAAGACUCUGACCAUGGAAAUGAAGAAUUUUGGGCUUUUGUUGAUCCAAGACGUCUUGGUAGAAUUAGACUUCUCGAAGGAGAAGAAAUUCAAACAGACGAAGGAUUGUUGAAAACACCACCUUUAGAUUUGCAAGGACCCGACUACAGCAAACCACCCACUAGAUGUCUUUCAGACCCAUCCAGUGCUGUUUUUGUAAGCGGUGAUCCCGACCCUGAUCACCAUGGUAGGCCGCGUCCUAGUUUAGAAGAAUUUUCUCAAGUGGUGCUCAAGUCUAAAAAGACGAUCAAGUCAAUGCUACUUGAUCAAGCACGGUUUGCCGGUGUUGGAAAUUGGGUAGCUGACGAAGUUUUAUUUCAUGCUAAAUUACACCCCGAAGAAGUGUUGCCUUUAAAGAUUAAGUUAGACUCCCCAGUCUUGUACACAUUGUACAAGUCUUUGAUACAUGUAUGCGAGACAUCAGUUGCCUUAGAAGGAAGUGCGAGAAGAUUUCCAGAAAAUUGGUUAAUGCGUCAUAGAUGGGGUAAAGGAAGAAAAAGAGAUGGACCGCACCAAACAGCUGAAGGUAUCUUGUUGGAUCAUAUAACGGUUGGGGGUCGUACUAGUUGCUACGCCCCAAGUGUACAGAAACUUUUAAAGCCAGAACCAGGUGUUAAUAAAGUUCAGGAGAAACCACAAAAGGGAACUAAAACAAAUGGGGAUGGUGUUAGUAUUACAAGGACGAACAAAGUAAAACGUAGGCUUGAGCAGCAAGAUGAACGUAAGGUCAAGGACAAAGACAAAGACAAAGACAAGGGAGGAGUUGAAGUUAAAGAUAAAGACGAAAUUGAAGAUAAAGAUGAGAUAAAAGAAGAAGUAGAAGUAGAAGAAGAAGAAGCAGAACAACAACAACAGCAACGAGAUCUAGAGACAAAUGUUAUAAAAACCAAUAAGAGGAUAAAGAUAGAAAAAGUAGAACCAAAGACAAAUGUUGUUCGCAAUGGCAUCAGAAAAUCCGCCAGGUUAAGAUCGAGAUUAAAGCCAACAAUAGACUAA